UGGAAGAUUUGGAAUAUGAAGUUGAGUCUGCUACCUUUUGUAUUGGAGCAGUUCAGGCAGGGAACUGGGAAAGGAACAUUCAAUAUGCGAAUUUGGUGGCGGAACAGAGUGUUUUAAGAGCUGAAAUAGAAAACUUGCGGGAUUUAAUUGAUAGUAUCCCUGUGCCAAAUGAAUAA